CUUUCAGGUCUCCCAGCAGGUUCAAGUGAAGCAGCUUUGUCAUGGAGAUGCUGCCCCGUGGAGAGGUGCGGGAAGAAUGCUGCAGAAGUGAUUACAGACAGCAUCUCUGAUCCCAGGGCACAGGUCUUCCAGAGGAAACCUGCACGCCUUUCCUAGAGGCAUUAGAAGGGUUUCCAAGCAGCAAAAGCAUCCCAGGACCAUGGCUGAUAAAACCCAGGAGAUUGGUGGCAUCCAUUUCCCUUUUCCCUUCACACCCUAUUCCAUCCAGAAAGACUUCAUGGCAGAGCUAUACCAGGUUUUGGAGGCUGGCAAGAUUGGGAUAUUUGAGAGUCCAACUGGCACUGGAAAAUCCUUAAGUCUUAUUUGUGGGGCCCUUUCCUGGCUCCGUGACUUUGAGCAGAAGAAGCGGCAAGAGGAGGCACGGCUCCUUGCAACGGGAACUGCCCCCUCAAAUGAAGGGAAGGACCAGCCCCCAUUUAUUUCAUCCUCGUGUCAAGAGACCCCAGACACCCUGAAGCCUGCUGGGGAACCUGACUGGGUUACUCAGUUUGUGCAGAAGAAAGAAGAAAGGGACCUGGUGGACCGACUAAAGAAGGAGCAGAUCAGGAGGAAGAAGCGAGAAGAACGCCUGUGGCAGCUCCGUCACAAUACACAGCUCAAGUACGCAGCCAAGCGUGAGAGACAGGAAGAAGUAGAGACCGAGCAUCUCCUCCGCCUCAGCAGGGACAUACUGGCAGCGGGAACAGAGGCCGAGCCGCUGGAGCAGCUGGCAUCCGGGGAGGAGGAGCUGGUCCUCUCGGAGUACGAGAGUGAGGAGGAGAAAGGAACCACUAACGGAUUAGAUGAGGAUGAGGAUGACCUGGAGGAAGAACAUAUAACUAAGAUUUAUUACUGCAGCCGGACCCACUCCCAGCUGGCCCAGUUUGUGCACGAGGUGCAGAAGAGCCCCUUCGGCAAGGACACCCGGCUCGUCUCCCUCGGCUCUCGGCAGAAUCUGUGUAUAAACGAAGAUGUGAAAAACCUGGGUUCUGUGCAGCUGAUCAAUGACCGCUGCGUGGAGCUGCAGAGGCGCAGACACGAGAGCAAGAGCAGAGCUGAGGACGAGGAGCCCAAGAGGAGGAGGCGGGAGCCCCGGGCAGCCUGCCCCUUCUACAACUACAAGCAGCUGCAGCUCCUCCGGGACGAGGUCCUGCUGGAGGUGAAGGACAUUGAGCAGUUGGUGACGCUGGGGAAGGAGGCUGCGGCCUGUCCCUAUUACGGGAGCCGGUCUGCCAUUCCAGCAGCCCAGGUGGUGGUGCUGCCCUACCAGAUGCUGCUGCACACGGCCACCCGGCAGGCCGCUGGGAUCCGGCUGCAGGGCCAGGUUGUCAUCAUCGACGAGGCGCACAACCUGAUCGACACCAUCACAGGCAUCCACAGCACGGAGGUCAGCGGCGCCCAGCUCUGCCAGGCACAUUCCCAGUUGCUCCAGUACAUGGAACGAUACAGGAAGCGUUUGAAGGCCAAGAACCUGAUGUACAUCAAACAGAUCCUGUACCUGUUGGAGAAGUUUGUGACUGUGCUGGGUGGGAACAUCAAGCAAAAUCCCACUACACAGAGCCUCUCACAGACAGGGACAGAGCUGAAGACCAUCAAUGACUUUCUCUUUCAGAGCCAGAUCGACAACAUCAACCUGUUCAAGGUGCGGCGCUACUGUGAGAAGAGCAUGGUCAGCAGAAAGCUCCUCGUCUUCACAGAGAGGUACGGGGCAGUCCGCCCACCCCCCAGGGAGCAGCCCGGGCUGGCUGGGCUCCAGCACUUCCUGCAGAGCCUGCAGCCGGGGGCGGGGGCGACUGAGGCUCCCGCAGCCCCUGUAGAGGCGGCGGCCGGGGCACCGCGGCCGGCUUCCCCGCUGGUGCACAUCGAAGGCUUCCUUGCAGCUCUCACCACUGCCAACCAGGAUGGCCGGGUCAUCCUGAGUCGCCAAGGCAGCCUCAGUCAGAGCAGCCUGAAGUUCUUGUUGCUGAAUCCAGCUGUGCCUUUUGCCCAGGUGGUGAAGGAAUGCCGGGCAGUGGUCAUUGCGGGGGGCACCAUGCAGCCGGUGUCUGACUUCCGGGAGCAGCUGCUGGCCUGUGCUGGGGUGGAAGCCGAGCGACUGGUGGAGUUUUCCUGUGGUCACGUGAUCCCUCCAGACAACAUCCUGCCCCUCGUCCUUUGCAGUGGGCCCUCCAACCAGCAGCUGGAAUUCACGUACCUGAAGAGAGAGCUGCCUCAGAUGAUGGACGAGAUAGGCCGCAUCCUUUGUAACUUGUGCAAUGUGGUCCCCGGAGGGGUGAUCUGUUUCUUCCCCUCCUAUGAGUAUCAACGCCAAGUCCAUGCCCACUGGGACAAGAGUGGCGUGCUGGCCCGCCUGGCUGUCCGGAAAAAGAUAUUUCAGGAGCCCAAGAGAGCAGACCAGGUGGAACAGGUGCUGGCAGCGUAUUCCAGGUGCAUCCAGUGCCACGGCCAAGCGGGAGGCAUGGUCACCGGGGCCCUGCUGCUCUCCGUGGUCGGAGGGAAGAUGAGUGAAGGCAUCAACUUCUCUGACAACCUCGGCCGGUGUGUGGUUCUGGUGGGCAUGCCCUACCCCAACAUCAAGUCUCCAGAGCUCCAAGAGAAGAUGGCCUACCUGGAUCAGACCCUUCCCCGGACCCCAGGCCAGCCCCCCCCAGGAAAGGCUUUGGUGGAGAAUCUAUGUAUGAAGGCUGUCAACCAGUCUAUAGGCAGGGCCAUCAGGCACCAGAGGGAUUUUGCCAGCAUAGUGCUCCUGGACCAGCGCUACGCCCGUCCACCCGUCCUGGCAAAGCUGCCAGCCUGGAUCCGAGACCGUGUGCAGGUCAAAGCCACCUUUGGCUCUGCCUUUGCUGCUUUGCGGAAGUUUCACCACGAGAAGUCUGGUCUUUCCUGAGGGCUGGCCGCACCUCUCUGGAGUGCAGGCCACCUCCCUGCUGGACUCACUGGGUGGCCAGGACCCAGGCGGAG